CUGGCCCUGUUGUGUUUUUUUUUUUCAGAACUCCACUGAAAGCAGCUCUGGAACCUCCGUGCAGACAGAUGGUGACUGUGGAUCAAAUGGACCGUCCCCCGAUUGCAGAAUGGGCUGGCGAGAGUCCAAACCAGUUCUAUACUGCAACUGGGCCAUUCCCUCAAGCAGCGAUGCCACGCCAGGGUGGUGGGUCUACUAUGCUCCUGGAUGCCGACAACGAAGUUGCUGCUGUUGGUUAUGGUUCUGGUGGUGGUGGUGGUGGUGGUGGUGGUGGUGGUGGAGGCGGAGGAGGACGGCGACGAGGGACGGAAGGGGGAAGAGGAGGGCAGAUGGAUUCUGCAGCGGAAUGGCGUUCCGAAAGGGGUGCUAGUAGAGUAGCACAGUCGAUGAUGGCAGUCUUGUCGAGGGAGAACGGUGUAGAGGCUGGUGUUGGGGAGGGAACAGACUUGAGAUCAUUGAUAGAAAACCUGUCUUCUGAAGCUGCCCUUCGGCAGGCCUGGGAUGGUCGCGGGGUGCCUCUUUGGGACGAGGUCAGUGAGUUGCACCAGCGGCUGGAGGCUUUGGCAAAGGAAAUGGAAGUGAAACGGAUAGAGUUUGAAAGUAAUCGAGAGAGCACUGAAAAGAACCGCGAGGCAGAGGUCGGACGCCUGAUGGCAGAGGUGGACAACUUGCGGGAGGAGAUGGCCGCAACUCGAAGGGAGAACGAGCAACUGAUCGACCAGGUCCGAGGGAACCAAAUGAAGAGAAUGGAGGAGAGAGAGAGAGCUUGGGAGUUGGAGGAGAAGACCCACAGGCUGUCAGCAGAGAUCAUGAUGCUCGAGCGUGCCCGCGAAUCCACUGAAGGCCAGAUGAUUGAGCUGCGUGCAAGCUUCGCCAAACAGGUUGAUCAGCUCAAGGAAGGGAUGGAGAGACUUCUGCAGUCUGGUCUGAACUUGAACGCUUUGGAUUGGGGUGCAGUCAUCAUGGACGGAGGUGAGAAGGAGACAGGGGUAGAGGGGAAUAUGAGGGCCAGUCCAGGUGUUGGAUCUGGUCCGUAUGUUGCCCAGCUGGAGCAGCGAGUAAGGGAACUGGAGGACGAACUGCAGUUCGUUGCAGUGCAAACAGACAAACUGAGGGAAGAGAAUCAGAUUUUGCAGUUGCGUUUGGAUGAAAAGAAGCGGGAAAGGCGUGCAGAGAAUGAGGGCAGUGAUCAGGUGAAGCUAGCAGAGCUGGUUCUUGAGCUGCAGGAACAGCUGCAGCAGAAUGCAACUGAGAUGAGGAAGUUGCGAGAGGAGAGAGAUGCCUUGUGUGUGCAAGUUGGAAGAAUCGAGGGCGAGGCAGGGGAGGGUUAUGUGAUGGAAGAGAUUGAAAAGGAGGUGAAGGAGAGGACUGGGGCCCUGGAAAGAGAGAAUCGAGAUCUGCGUCAGCAACUGGAUGAAGCGGUGAGCAAUUGCGAGGAGUUACGGUGGCUGAAGGAGGACCCCACUGGCGACAGGAUAAACAACCUCGUCAAAGACAACAAAAGAAUGAAACAAGAGAUAGCCAAUUACAAAGCAAGGGACAUACAGAUGGAGGGUCUUCGUCAAGAGGUAGACGAGCUGAUGCAGCAGAACGAGCAAAUGGCCAUGGAAACAAGAAUUGCAAUGAGGGAGAAUGACAAACUGAGGAUGGAGUUGACGAGAGUGCAGAGACCUGGCACCGUUCCUGCGGGUCAAGCAGAGGAGAAUCUGCAGGGAUUAGGAGAGGGAGAGGAAAUGAUGUUGCGGCAAGAAGCUGAUAAGGCGAAGAGACUGAUGUGGGAGAGAGAGAAGCUGAGAGAGGACUUGGAAAGAGAGAGAAAGCUCAGGGAGGAGUUAGAACGGGAGAUGGAAGCGAAGGCACAGGAGUACCAAAGAAGAGAAGCAACGAGGAGAGAGCAACUUGAGGAAGAGCGGAGGAAGUUGGACGAGGAGAGAGCGCUUUGGAUGGAAGAAGACAUGCUCCAGCAAGCAGUCGAGGAGACUAUGGAUGUGGUAGAGGCAAGAGAGGUAGAAAGAGAGAUGGAUGGACAACAGAUGGUUGCUGAGUUGGAGGCCGCGCACAGACGUGAGGAGGUACUUGCGAAUGAGGUUCGAAGGCUGUCAAAAGAAUUGGACGAGACAGAACUGGAGCGUGUGAAGGCAAUGCAAGGAUUGCAAAGGAGGGCCAGCGAGAUUGAGAGUCUCGAGGCGCAUGCACAAAGUCUAGAAAUUGCUCUAGAGGAGAAGAGCAAGCAGGUACCGGGGUCGAAAGGUGGGAGGCAUGGUGUGGUGGAAAGGGAUAAAGAGAAGGGAUGGGGUCAAGAACUCAACGAGAGAGAGGGGGUCGAUGAAGAAAGAGGAAGAAGCUCUGCGGAGGAGAACGUGGAGGAGGAGGAGAUGAGACUCCACAAGCUAAUACGAGAUUUAGACAACACUCAUCGGGCUGCUGAGGAGAGGGAGAGGGAAAUACUCCUGGCGUGGCAGACUGGGAGACGAAGGGAUGGGAGAGUUGGCAAAGGAGAAGGAGACGAGUACACGUUGAAGGAUGUAGGAACAAGAAACUUGAGAAACGAGAUUCACAGACUGAAGAAAGGAAUAGAGGAGUGGGAAAGGUCAGCUGGCAACUGGUCGGAGAAUUGGUGUGAGAACGAGGAACCGCGGGAGCAUGGAAUGACACAGCCUGAUGUAGAUAGACUUCAAAACCAAACGAAGGAGUUGGGGGAUGCUGACAGUUUGACUGGGAGCUGGCCGAUCAAAGGGGGGGAACAGCAAGAGCAGGGAACGGCUGGGGCCGAGGCAGAAAGCCUACAACAACGAAGAAAGGAGUUGGAAGCUGAAAUGUCGUCUGGUCGCUCGUCAGUGAAGGAUGGACCGCAGAAACAGUUAAUAAAGGAGUCGGACGGUAAAAGGUCAAACGGGAAAUGGUCAACGAAAGAGGAACGACGGGAACAGGGAACGGCUGCAGCUGAAGCAGAGAGGCUUCGACGACAGACAAAGGAGUUCGAACUUGAAGGGUCAGCUGGGAGUUUGCCAGUGAAAGAGGAGCGGAAAGAACAGGGAAUGGCUGUGGCUGAAGUACAGCGGCUCCAAGAACGAAUAAAGGAGUUGGAAGGUGAAAUGUCCACUGGUCGCUCGUCAGUGAAGGAGGAACAGCAGGAGCAGGGAAUGGCUUUUGCUGACGUAGAGAGGUUUCAACAACGAAUACAGGAGUCGGAAGAUGAAAGGUCGACUGGGAGUUCUUCAAUGAAAGAGGAACGACAAGAACAGGGAACGAAUGCGGGUGAAGGAGAGAAGGUUCAACAACGAAAAAAGGAGUCGAAAGGGGAAGUGCCGACCGGGGGGCGGUCACGGAAGGAGAAACGGCAGGACAAGGGAAUGACUGCAGCUGAAGUAGAGAGACUUCAAGAACAAGUAACGCAGACACAAGGUGCACUCAGAGGCGCAGAGGACAAACCAGCAGGAAAACAACAAACCUCAGGGAAGGAAGGCGACGAAAAGGGAAAGCUGCGACACGAGGUCCAAAGGCUGAAGAAGGUUGUAAAGGGCAUGAUGAAUGGUGAGAAGAAGCUAGUGGAAGAUUGGGUGAGAGAAAAGGAAGAGCUGGAGAAGAUGUACAAGGCACAGCGGAUGAAACUGGAAGAGAAACUGAGCAAGGUAGAGGUAGAGAAAAAGGAGAUCGAGGCUGAAAGAAAAAGAGCCAACAGGGAGAGAGAGCAAUUACUUGGGAAAACACGCAGCAUGGAGAAGCAGCUCAAUUUAGCUGCCCAGACAUAUCAAGCGGAGAAAGAACAUCUGGAGGGGCUCAUCCAGACUAUGCGGCAAAGUAUAGCAACAGCUGAAAGCAUGUGCGCACAGCUUGAGUCAAGGUGAGAGACAGAGCUCAAGCUGCAACAGGUACAGUUCUCUUAUUAGCAAUAUUUUGGC